GCUAGCUGGCUGAGCAACGUCUUCGCAAAUCAGGGAUCUUGUUGUUUACUACAUUAGAGCAGACAUCAGAAAAUAUCGUACGAUUCGAUGGCAAAAACAGUGCCAGCCAAGCCCCCAUGCAACCCCUCAAUACUACAGUAACACGGUGCUUAGAAUGUUGUGCUAUUUUUAAGCUGUGGCUGUUUUAGAGACUAUUUAAUCGGAAUCGUUCGGUGGUUGACUUUCCAAAGCAAACCAGAAUCACACCCCAAUCGAUCGUAGCAAGCGCAAGUGAACGGAAGUGAAAAUAAAGACGAUAACAUUUGAACUGAAGAAUAUUACGGAUUAAUUCCAGCAAUCAAAGCAACCAGAAGAAACUGUGAUUUAACAACAGAAGUGAAGAAUAACAAUCAAAACAAUAGUGAACGGAUUUUGGAAGAUUGUUUUUGUGGUGGGGGAAACCCUCAAAUUUGCUGUGUGAGGAGGUGGUAGAAAGAAGAUCUGCCGAUAAGUGCGAGUUGCUGCGUAGAAGAAAAUUCAUGUGAACAACAAGAACCGCAAAAGUCAAGGACACACUUUUUUAUCUUAUUGAGUGGAGGAAAGACUGCGAAAUUUUAUCGCCUGCAGGGGAGGGAAUUCAUACCCGAGCUAUGCAUAUCGAAUAUGCCAAAUACAGCAAACAUUUCGCGGGAUGUGGACUAGUAUCGUUCGUUGGUCUCGUGAGCUAUGAAGCUUAUCGUACUUACUAUGCGUUGAACAAUCUGGUCGACACCCGGGUUCUGGACAUUGAUCGUAAACGUCCGGAUUAUAUCUACAUCAAGCAUCACAUCUACCGUCAGUCGCUCCAGGAGCAGCUGGAACAGGAACGCCAAAACAGUAAACUGGUCAACGUGUUCGUACAACCCUUCGGAAAGUGGUGGAAAGCGUUGAAACACUCCGUGGCCUGGCGCCUGCUCCAGAUCGCCCAGUCCGGGGAUCAGAGCGAGCGACUUAAGGCCAUCAACCAGUUGGCGCUCAUUGACCAUCUGAAAGGGAAAAUCAAGAAAGAUUGGGAUUUCCAGCACCUGGCCCAACUGUGCGAUGCCCAAACGGCAAUCUCGCUGGCUCGCUCGAAUUGCGACUCCCGGUGGUUCCUGCCUCCGCGUCAAUAUGGUGUGGUCCAAAGCACAAGCGUCGUCCUGGGCGGCGUUAAAGCACUUAUCGAGCAUCUCAUGCCGCACCGUUGCGCUGAGUACGUCCUCGAGCACACCUUCUCACACCCGCACAAGGAACCGGUAGGCGAUGACGGAGUCAAUCACCCGGUCAGCAUGUCCCACUACGAGGUGGAACUGCUCAAACAAUCGCUCAGCUCAAUGGUUCAUCUGACCACGGUGCGAGAAAAUUGCGAGAAGAUUAUCGAAACCGGAGGACUGCUGACUCUGAUUGAGGUUGAAAAACUGUUCAAGGAUGACAUCGAUAUGAAGCUGAUUUUGUCCCGAAUCAUUGGCAAUCUAUCGGUGUGUAACAAUCGAGUAUACGACUUCUUCGCCUCCGGAUGGAUUGGCAUUUUGUCACGCUGGCAUCAAGACAUCGAUAUCCGCAUGCAAGUUACCACAGAUCUAACCCUAGCCAAUCUCGAUCGGGAUGACCCGAACCGUUUCACAUACGAAUCGAAUGUGUACCCGCUGUAUCCGAAAGGGCGCAGGAAGCAGAAGCCCGAUGCGGACGUCAUUUUCAUUCAUGGUCUUUUGGGAGGUGUAUUUGUAACGUGGCGUCAGAAGGAUCUCAAACCGCAAGCUGCCAGUCUUCUAGGUAAGAAACAUGUGGCGGUCAAUUUGGUGUCUUGUACUAAAAAAUCUACACCAACGACAACGACGACUCCAAUCUCGGACUCGGAUUCGCAAACACCAUCCUCGGUCGUCUCCUCUAGUGCCAAACAAUUUUCCAUAUUUCAUUGGUCUGCGAAAAAGUCUUCCUUUGAUGAGGAUACCCCCACCGGUUCCGCUUCCGUGGAAGAAGGCAUCACUACAGCCAAAGACGAGCUUCUCACACUCCAGCCGACACCGCCUAAGCCACAGCCCCAGAUCAGCGACACCGACACAAAGGAGAUCAUGAAAGCCCUCCAGGAGGACGAUCCGCUCAGCUCGGAAUGGUCUGUGGUAUACCCGGACCUGCCACUGGUGGCCGAUGAAAGAUACACCAGUCCAGGGGCUCGUCAACUUGAAGGUCGUUACAGUAUUGCCGGUGACAAGUGGCUCCAGGAACCGCUUGGAGACGAGUCAAUCGGUCGGUCCUUCUGCUGGCCCAUGGAAUGGCUGCCGAAGGAUUUUCCCAACAUUCGAGUCAUUGGUCUCAACUAUGAUUCUUCUCUGUCUCAAUGGGGUGCCAGUGGUUGCCCCUGUGAGAAAAAUGAUGGAAAGUUGGACAAAAGAGCUGGAGAUUUCCUCCAGAAACUUGCCAAUUCCAAUGUGGGCAAGGAUCGCCCAGUAGUAUGGGUAGGCCAUUCCAUGGGUGGUCUCCUAAUUAAAAGUAUUAUCAACCAAGCUGCCGCCAGUGAUGAUCCCGAAAUUCGGAGGAUCGCUGAAAAUUCUCGAGCUGUUAUGUUCUUGGGAACGCCUCAUCGAGGAAGCGCCGUUGCCAAGCUAAAGCAACACACAUCGGCACUUGUCUGGCCUUCGAUGGAAGUCCGUGAACUGGAAGAAAAUUCCUCCAACCUCCUGGAUCUCAACAAAACGUUCCUUAAAACUAUUGGCUCUCUCCGACGGAAACCGGAAAUCAUCAGCGUCUGCGAAGGUAUUCCCACAGUACUAACUUCAUUCAAACUACCACUUCAAAUCGUUACCGAAACCUCGGCCCGCAUUGACGAGGGAGACUUUUAUCUGACCAAAGAAGAUCAUCUGAACCUGAGCAAACCGAUGUGCAGGCAAUCAUUCCUCUAUCAGCGACUCAUCAGUGCCAUUUGGUGCUCGAUGCAGUCGGGCAAAGAGUCUCGAGAGGCUGAACCGGAACGUGCUCCGAACGGAAAACUGAUCACAGUGGAACGGAAGCAAAAUUCUGCGUUCAACGAUUUGUACCGGCAGUUGCGACAGUUGGACAAGUUGUUCAAUAUAUUCCUAUAGAUUGCUAGAUAAAUCUAGCCGCUGCAUCGUUGUUGUUUUUCAUUAUUGCCUUCAAACACACGCGGUGGACAAAACCCAGAGGUAUUAUUUACCGAAAUGCUAUUUAUUUACACUUUGAACUAAGUCAAAUUCGUAUCGAAUAAAUUUUAAUCGUUUUUAAA